AUGUCUGCGGAGAAUCUAGACACGGAACGUAUCAUAACAGAAGUCCGAGGUCAACUAUCAUUAUGGGAUCUUAGCGAUAUUUUGUAUAAAGAUCGUGAUGCGAAACUACAAGCGUGGACAGAAGUAUGCCGAGCAUUGUUUUCUGGUUAUGAUGAUUUACCGGAUAAGGAGAAACAGGAAAUUGGAUCUUCCACAUCUACCUGUACAUCAUACACGAUCACAUCACCAGGCUCUCAAGAAGAUGUAACGUUGUACACAGUUGAAGAAACUGAAGCUCCAAAUGCAAAUGUAGCCUCUCAAAUGCAGCUGUCUGAGCAGCAGUAUUCAUCGCAAGCAUUGGCGGAAGCUAGUCCACAUUUGUACACAAGAAAAUUUAGUGGCCUGCAGGGCAAGAAAUUUUUUGAAAAGGGCUGGAGGGAAGUUGCCGUCGAGCUCAACCAGCUUCCCAACGGAUCCGUCAAGACGCCUGAGCAGUGGAUAACAACAUUACAACAUGAGGUGGAGGCUGGGGUAGAAAUGGUAGAAGUCGUUUGUUUGUCUCAAGGUAAUGAAUGCCAGUUGCUUGAGACUGAGAGAAACAAAGCAUCGCCAGCACCACAAAUUAUAGCAAGUGGCAGCAGAGCCACAACUGUUGCUUCACCAGCACCCAAUCAGCAACAGGUGCAAGAAAUAACUCUGCAGUCAGCAGCACCACAAAUAACAGAGAGAGGCAGCAGUGCAGCAGCUGUCAUUACAACACCACCCACUGUACGACAGGAGAGCCCCAGAAGGAUAAGGAAUCUGAAUCCUCGCCGAUCUACUGCCGAGCAAGCGAAUAUAGCUCGGGAGGAUUUCCUGGCAGUUGCAAAAUCUAAUGCAGAUUCAAUGAGGUUUUCAUUACAGAUGCUGGCAGAGGCUGCCAACAUUCAGGCCGAGGCUGCCAGAAUGCAGGCGGAGGCAGCAAAAGUUCAGGCCGAGGCAUUUCAUUUAUUAGCUCAGGCUGUUGAUAAAAUUGUAGAUUUGCUUGUUAUUAAAAAUAAUAAAUAA